AUGAAGGAUGUUGGUUUUUGGACAAUUUCCAAAGUUGUUUUGAAUCACUCACAUCCUUGUUGUCUAGACCAAGUUGAGAUGCUCAAACAACACAGGGAGAUUAGCAUGUUUGUGUGUCGCACCAUCGAAACCCACGAGGAAGCCAGAAUCAGACCGAGCAAAACUUACCAAUUAUUUGUGGCAGCAGCUGGCAGCCACCGUAAACUAGGUUUUAUUGAAAAAGAUGUGAGGAAUUACAUUACAAGAGAAGUACGGAAUAUUUUCGAAGAAGACAAUGCCAAAGAAUUUGGGAAGUACCUAGUAAGAAUGAAAGAGAAAAACCAAAAUUUCUUCUUUGAGCUCAACCUUAAAGGCGAUCACUACAUUAAACAUGCAUUCUGGGCUGAUGCAAGAAGCAGGGCUACAUUUGAUUAUUUCGGAGACGUGGUUUCAUUUGACACCACCUAUAACACAAACAGGUUCUUUUGUGGGCGUGAAUCACCACGGCCAGUCGACAUUUCUUGGAUGUACGCUGAUGAAAAAUGA